AUGAGUGAAGCCGUAAUUCGAAUCUUGGACGACUCCAAGGCCAAUGUUCUUCCGAAUUGGAGAGACUUCCUCCAAGACCCCCAGGUCGGCUGCCAAUUAGACGUAACACCAAAUGCAACGGGAGGCGAUCCGGAAUUAGCCUGCACAUUUACACAAGAUGCACUUUGGAACGUUAAAUUCGAUAGCUCUGCAAAUGACGUCCAGUUUCACACUGCCGACUACAACGUUGACAACAGCGUCAUUAUUGGACUUCCUUCAACUUCAAUAUUAUCUGGAUCAACUACAACGCCCGCCCUUUUGGAUAUUCUCCAGAAAUUCAGGGUUGCCGACAGCACCGGUAACAUACCAUUUGACAAUGGAUCAUAUCCUAGCCAAGAUGGGAAUCCCUCAGCCGCAUCUCUCUCAUCCCCAGGCACCUUGAUGCAAAACAUAGUCAAGACCCUAGGACCUGCCCUGCCAUUUAAGGUAGAUACGACUGCAGAGCGUAACGCAUUCUGGGUUACGCCGGGUCAAACCAUGCGGGCUGAUGUGUCUCUUACUUUUGUCCCAUCUGGAGAUGCUGCUACGGCUUUGCAAAACGUUUCAACGACGAUUUACUCUCAUCUCGGCAUUAACCUGUCGACCUUGUUAAGCUCCUUGAAGAUAGUGAUUCAGAAAACGUCCCUUGGAUAUGCUGUUUCCAGCGUCAGCGAAGAUGUAGACCCACCAGUCACUACCGCAUCUUCCAUACAUGUAAAUAGUUAUUAUUCACUCGGCAUACAAUUUGUCGCUGGGCCAUUUCUCUUUUGGGUUGCUCUUGACGGCGGUGGUAUAAACUUGUCGAUUCUUCAGAACCCAGACUCUUCUUCUCCAGCCAACUUCUUUACACUUACUGGGCUAUCUGAGGGCUCGGUAACACCAGUUCUAGGUCAGAUUAUUUCGAAUCUGCAUCUUUUAAGGGUCUCUGCAACAGUGGAUGCCGCUGCUGGCACCUAUUGGUCAAUAUUAUUCUCUAUGGAGUGGGGAGCGUUCAACAUUUCGCUUCUAUACGAUCAUUCCAGCGCUACAUUUUCUGGUGGUCUUAUCCUCGAUGGGUUCUACACGACUUCUGGUCAAUUUCUGCAGCCAGCCUUUAGUGCCAGCCAGGCUAUCCUUGCCCCGGCUGGCACAGUCACAAAGCGCUUUUAUAAGAUACGAGAUCUUUCUUCGGAAAUGUCGAGUCUGCCCAACUCCCUUCCAACUGUUAUAACCGCAGCCAGCAUAUCGUACCAGAUAACGUCAAAAGUAUUAUCUUUGUCUGCGAAGUUGAUUAGACCACCACCGCCUCCUACUACCACUGGACCACAAGUUCCAGCUCCGUUCGUCUGGGAAGAUCUUGACGUCAGAUUGGCUGUUGGGCCAGGGUCGUUCUCAUGUACACUGGCUACCGACUUUCUGUUGACGAGUCCACUGGAUCUGAACGACUUUGGCAUGAUUGGCCUCAACGUUUCAUAUCAGAAUAAAAGUUGGCUUCUUUCUGGACUGGCGCAGAACAUCAACGGCGCCAUGCUAUUUGGGUGGUUUGACCCCAACUACAACGAAUCGCUUCUUUCUGUUCUUGGGAAACUUCAGAUUCCUGAGGUUCAAGUAGUUUAUACGUACGCAGAUGGCGGCGCGGCUACAAGUUUUGCCUUUGUUGGUACCAUCCAGGUAGGGCUGCUACAGCUACGCCUUUUCUAUCAAUAUGUCAGUUCAAAUGUCACUGGUCAGACGGCCGCACAGGCAACUCCACCAGGGUCACAAGGCACUCUGCUACCAGCAGAUGCCCCUGUACCUGUCCUCACUGUACAGCCAGCUGGCGGCCCAGAUACGCCACCUGAUAAGAAGGUUCAGACAGACUGGACAUUUGAGUGUGAUCUAGGAGCAUCUGCCCCCAAUGGACAGACUGCGACUUUGGGUGCUGUAGUCAACUCCAUUGUCCCUGGAGCGGCAGACUCUCUCCCGACCUUUGUUUCUGGAAUUGAGAUCCCUUCUGCUGAAGGAGGUCAUAGUCCGGUUUCUAUAAAGGUCGCAAAGCAUGGAACAGAACAGGUCGCUUUUGCAUUUCAAGUUGAAACCGAGCAUGUCAGCUUUACGUUUGCUCAAAUAGGAGACAAGGACCCUACCAAGACCAAGAGGCUCGUUCGUGUUGCUGUUGGGAAUCUUCCAAAACUAUCAGGUAUUCCACUGAUUGGAGACUUGAUACAACCUUUCGACGCUCUGGAGUAUUUGUGGGUGAGCGAUUCUGGUGGUCUUCUAAAGUCCGAGGUCUCUGCCUUGAACCAGCAAGUUAUGCCUGUCGAUAACCCUCUUUACUUUUCAGCCACCGUGGACCCAUCAGCCAGAGCCAAAGCCUCGACAGCUGAUAGUGUCGUGGUAGUUCCAGGACAUCACUUCAUUGUGAUACAGAACCAGAAAGCUGUCCUCGAUCAUGUCUUUGCAACUGCAAAACCAUCUGUACCUCCACCCAAAACAACAAAUACACCAUCAGAGGCCCUGACUGCUGAGGUUGCCGUUUCUGAUGGCGAACCAUCCGUGCCAGCAAGUCCCCCUUCAAAGGGCGAGUUGACUCUUAGCCUCGGCCCGCUCACAAUCAGUGCCAUCUCGCUGCAAUAUCAAGAACAAGGGGAUGUGCCACAGAUAUCUAUCACGAUGGAUGCUACGUUUGCCAUGGGCCCAAUUCUGCUUGAACUUAUAGGUUUCGGAUUUACAGUCCCAUUAGACGGUGGUAUUACACUGGAUAAUCUUGCGAGUCUCGUAGGCAAGAUGUCACCCGUCAUCUCCGGCAUGGUUGCUUCAUUUAAUCGACCCCCUCUUCUGAUAGCUGGCGGAUUUGAGCAUAUCGUCACCAAGACUCAAGAUACAUAUCUUGGGGCGAUAGGAAUAUCAUUUCCACCCUACAACUUUAUAGGUAUCGGAGAAUACGCCGUUCUUGAUGGGUUCAAAUCCAUCUUUCUUUACGCUAAACUCAACGGACCACUUAUUACUCUUGAGUUCGGCGAGAUCUCUGGCAUCAGAAUGGGCUUUGGUUACAAUUCCUUUGUGACUCCCCCAACAAUCGACCAACUAACAAGUUUCCCCUUCAUUGACGACACAGUGACAGCUAGUGCUGGUAGUGAUCCUUUCCUAAUCGUGCAGACCAUGACUCAAACCGGUCCUCCAUGGGUGACACCAAAAGAAGACGAAUACUGGCUUGCAGCGGGGCUAUCAGCAUCGCUUUUCGAUUGCCUCACUGUGACAGCGGUGGCGAUGCUAGAGGUCAAGUCUGGUGGAUUCGACCUCGCUAUUUAUGGUGACGCUGUUGCUAUGAUGCCGCCAGAUGCCCCAAGCAGGGAGACCUGUCUCGUCUAUGUUGAGCUAGCUACGGUGAUCGAAUUCAAUAUGGGACAGGGAUAUUUUCGCGUCGAAGCAGCUUUGGCACCAACAUCUUUCCUACUUGUUCCCCAAUGCCAGCUCACGGGAGGAUUUGCCCUGGUAUACUGGUUUGGAUCUAAUCCACAUGCUGGAGACUGGGUCUUCUCAGUUGGAGGUUAUCACCCUCAAUAUCAAGUUCCAGACUGGUACCCUGUACCACAGCGUCUCGGAAUAUGUUUCACAGUUGGCAGCUGUUUAUCCGUUGUCGGAAACUGCUAUUUCGCUGUGACGCCCAAAGUCGUCAUGGGAGGUGCUUUGAUCCACGUUAAUGCUCAGUUCGACUGCCUGAUUAACUUCCACCCUCUUCACUACGUGGCACAGUUCAAUGUAUCAGUCGGCGUGUCGUUCAAUAUUGACAUCCUGUUCAUUCAUAUCCAUAUUAGUGCCAGUAUAGGCGCCUUCUUGGUUAUUCAGGGGCCAGAAUUUGGAGGAACAGCCCAUGUCGACUUUUGGGCUUUUGGAUUUACUAUAGAUUUCGGAGCCAGUCCUAAGGCAAAGGAUCCUCUCUCUCUUCUGGACUUCUGGAAAAUGGUGCAUCAGCCCGGCCCAGACGUCCCUUCCAAGAACGCUAUUGACCCGGAGCGUGUUCAAUCUGUUAUUUCCUAUGACCCCCGUUCCGAUUUGGAGGGAACCAUGAUUCCUGCACCGAAGGGAACAGGCACCGUGCCCCGUCCAUUAUCAGCUCUAGAGGUAGUCGAAGCAGUUGCCUUAAAGUUUGCUCUUGAGGACGGUAACUAUCCAAACCCUCCCAAGCUUGAGCCAAAACCAAGCCCUGCUCCCGCCCUCUCUGGCAACAUUGCUCGAGUCACAGCAGCAUCCGGUACCGAGAGCAAUACGGUACCCGAUAGUAACGCUGGUCAGGGUACAAAGUGGUUCGUCAAAGGUGGUACCUUCAAGUUCCGUAUCCAAACAGACUUCGCGCUCAGUUAUGCUUCGGUGGAUCCGGCCUUGAUACCAGCAGAAGAUGGCGCUGGAGCAGAAGUGCCUGUACUAAAUGGAGGUCCUCAUCCUACCAAGACAAACAUAUUCUCACGGCCAAUGCAAGUCACGACAGAUAUAGUCUCUGAAUUGUCUGUUGUCAUUAUGGAGACUGUUAGUGCCAAGAUUAUUGGUGGCUGGACAGGAGCAUCGUUUGAUAUCAAGUCUGUGCCGACUGGAACGUGGGGCACAUACUCAACAGAUACAGACCCUUCUCAGAGCGAUGCAUCAUCACUGUUAUCCCACGACGGUGCUACAGUGCCACUACCCAUGGGAUUGCUACUGAGUUCACCAGCCCCUAUUCUUGCCCUCAGCACUAUACCCACGUUUAGCGCAAGUGAUGCAGCGAAAAUGGGUGUCGUGGACCUCCGAUUUAUACCUACUAUGCCUGGUACGAAUUGGUUUGUUCCUGGAUACGAUCCAAUCCGCAAGGCAGUACCAGAUACUUCAGUACCCGGUGGGCUAGAUUACGUCGCUGUGAGCCCAGAUCUGAAUGCCAAAUCAGGGGUUAUCAUGGCACCGACUCAAGUCAGAUACACCCCAGCAGAGCUUAGCUCAAAGGAGAUUAGCGAAACAAAUCAGCAGCUAUGGGAUGGCAUGGGAACUGAUUGGGUAAAAUAUGCUAGUGACAAGAAGGCUCUGGUAAAUGAUACGACAGAUGGUUUGCUAGUGACGGUCGAGAAGAUUUUCGGAUGGGCACAGUCUUUCCCAGCCACUUCAACUGCUGCAGCAACGUCAGCUCCCAGUCCAUGGCAGCUUAAGGGAGACUUCCCAGCAAAGCUGGUUCGCAGUGCCAAUAAGGAUGGUACAGUAGUCAAGGGAUUAGAGGCAACAUAUCUUGCACUCCCACGGCACGCUGUAGUGGUUGUAUGA